AUGAGGCGCUUGGCGGAGGACACAUUCUCCCUCCUCUCAGAGACGGUCCAUGCUUGCGUUCCAGAUGUGAGAGCGGCGGCCUUUGGUCUGGUGACUGGCAAGAUGCUGGCCUCGCCUUUCGAGGGGGCGCCUUUGGAAAAGUUGCGGACACGGUGGGUAGGGCUUCUUCCCGACCCAGCGGAGGCGGCGAAGGGGACUGGCUCAGUGGUUGGCGGUUUUGAGGAUCCUGAUCGUUUGUGGCUGGUGGAUGCUGAGGACAGCUUCGCGACUGGGGUACCACUGGGUGUUGAUGAUCCACUGCCCCGGUCACCUCAAGUCUUCCCCGAGAAGACCAAGCAUCGGAAGCUGGAUGACUCAGACUUCAAUCCGAUCGCAUUCAAUUAUUCGUCGGGCCAAUUGUUUUCUGUUGAGCUAGAAGCCAAGUUUCGCGAAGAGGAACAGCUGGAGCGCAUGUAUCCUACACGGCUCUCGGUCUUGAAGGAGGAGUUCGGCGAAGAAAGAGUUCGGGUUGCGGCAAUGGCCGCGAUUGUCAAGCCUGAUGGGUCGGUACGGCCCUUACACGACGGGACACACUCGGUGCAAGUCAAUAAUCGCAUCGUCUAUCAGGAUCAGAUCCAGUGUCCAGGUCCCUCGGAGGUGGCCGCAGUGGUGUGUCGGCUGACAUACGUGCUGCACACCGUCUCGUCAAGAUCAGGAAGUGUGAUUGGUUACCAGAUGCGUUAUGACCUUAAUGAGAUUGGGGUCUCGCUGCGACGGGGUGAGUGGUUGGUAAAGUGGAUCAAGGCCGCUGAAACUAAGAAGUUCGUGGUAGUCACCCGGGACUUUGCUGAGUACUUGUUGGCUGAGUUUCAAGCCGAGUCCUUCAUGGUUUCGGCCAAGAGGCCGCUUGCGUUCAGUGGAGAGCAGUUUAGGACGGACGCCAAAUGUACUUCGGACAGUGUGGUCCUCGGAGGCUGGGAGCUUUCGUCGGGUCGCUGGUUCCAGGUAUGCCUUGGUGAGACCUCCGCUCCUUAUUUGUUCCUCCCAGGUAAAGGGGCUCAGUGGGCUUCGACAUCGGCGGAGUUGUUAGCGACGCUUGUUGCGCUUGUCGCGUUUGGAUGGACGGCUGAAGCCAGAUCUCGCAAGUCGUUGGAACUUCAUUUAGUGGCUGGCACGGAUAACAGGGCCAAUGAAUUCCUUUCGAGGAAGCGUGCCACGACCAAGGAGGAGAACACCAUAGCAGACGAUAUAACUAACUCUAAGUUCCAUCAGGUCGAUCUCGCCAAACGUGUCGAUGUUAGAUUCGAGGAUAUCCCCACUCACAUCAUCACCUCACUGUUCGAAGCCAAGGCGGACUUCGAUCGAGCUCGGGAGGCACAGAGAGCCAUCAAGAGGGCUCAGGCCCUACAGGGUGGUGAGGUGAAGAGGAAGCGGGUCGAGAAGACCCCAUGGUGA